AAGAAAUGAAGAAGGAGACUUAGGUGGAAGUAAGUCACUUCUUCUCUCAUUGGUUUGUGACCCUGAGCUGCUCAUCAUAUAAACCCAAAUGUCAGUCACAGAGGAGGGUGAGAAAGAAUCUAGAGACUCCACAGAGACUCGGCACAAGAUUACACAAUGCCAAGCUACAAACUCAUUUAUUUUAAUAUGAGGGGGAGAGCAGAAAUUAUUCGUUACAUAUUUGCAUAUUUGGACAUAAAGUAUGAAGACCACAGAAUAGAACAAGCUGAUUGGCCUAAAAUCAAACCAACUCUUCCAUUUCGCAAAAUCCCCAUUUUGGAAGUUGAUGGACUUAAUCUUCACCAGAGCCUAGCAAUAGCAAGAUACUUGACCAAAAAUACAGAUUUGGCUGGAAAAACAGAACUGGAACAAUGUCAAGUUGAUGCUAUUGUGGACACAUUGGAUGAUUUCAUGUCACUAUUUCCUUGGGCUGAGAAAAAACAAGAUAUAAAAGAGCAGAUGUUUAAUGAGCUACUUACAUGUGAUGCACCCCAUCUCCUACAAGAUUUGGAUACUUUCUUAGGGGAAAGAGAGUGGUUCAUUGGUAACUCUGUAACUUGGGCAGAUUUCUACUGGGAAAUUUGCAGCACGACCCUUUUGGCCUUGAAAGCUGACUUGUUGGACAUCCAUCCCAGGCUGGUGGCAUUACGGAAGAAAGUCCAGGCCAUCCCUGCCAUUGCUGACUGGAUACAACGAAGGCCCCACACCAGACUCUAGGGGUUCCUGCUGCCUCCGACUUUGCUGUUCGCUCCCACCAGAUAAGAAGCUACACCAGCCUGUCUCCCCUCCCCCACUACAUCAAGACUCCCAUUUGCCAUAUUCUGUUUGAAAAGGAAAAAAAAGGACAUUUAGUUGUCAGUAUCCAUAGCCCCACCCUCCACCCCUCCACCUCCCGACAAGAAUACUUAGAAUACUUAUAACUGAGAAAAAAUAGUUUAAGACCUCACCUUGCACCAGUUCUGUCAUGCAUUAAUUUUGGCCACAAUAGCUUAUUAAAUAACACAUUCCCCCUGAAAAUGGUUUGGAUUUCAGUUACCAUGGUAACUGUGAGUAACUGCAUUAAGUAUAAACCCUGUUGCUAGCUCUUUAGCCUGCAAAUUUCUAUGUAAAAAAGAUGCACAGCAGGACCAUGACCAAUGAUGUCACUUCAUUCAGUCUGUUAAUGGUUGGUCCCUGCACAUCUGUGUGUUAUGCACCCACAGACAAUAAAGUAUUGUUUAUUG